AUGGGGAUGGCCAUGCCCGCCCCGAUGCCGCCGGCCGAUGUCAGUGAGAGUAUCACCACCGACAACGGCUCCAACGAGCUCUCCAUGAGCUCCUGGGACGACACCAACUCCAACAUCAUGUUCUUCGUGCCUGGAAGCAAGAAGGCCAAGGUGCUCAUCAAUGGUGACAACGGCAUGGUCACCAACUUCAGCAAAAUCAAAUCCCAAUUUGGCCUGUCGAGCACGUCUUUGGACAUGCCCGGCAUGGACGGCUACUUGCAGCCGCAGCAGGACUUCGUCGCCUGCAUAGUCUUGAGACAAGCGUGUCUGCGCCACUCACCCGUGAAGCAUCACUAA